CCUUGGUUCCACUUGGUUCCAUGGUUCCAUCAUGGACGUAUUAUAAAGGGUUCCAAGUUCCAUACCAUGUAAUAUUAUGUAAAUGUGAUUUCAGUGUUCUGGCACGGAUGAUUAGAAACGAAAUUUCCUUACAAUGUAUUGCUAUCAAAGCAUUCUUAUCUAUAAGGUCAAAAUAAUCAAAAAACUUGGCAAAAAACAAGCCAACAACAACAUUGACUUCAUGUCAACAAAAACCUAGUGAAACCCAAACAAUCCUGUCAAAUCUGUGACCUGUCAAACGUCAAAGUGAAAAUUAAUAUUCUUUGAUAGAAUUAUCAACGAAUUUCAUUUUCUGUUUUGCUGUUUACGAAGUUUUGUGUUUCGAGUGCGGUCUAUCUCAUUUUCUGUGUUUUACUUAUCCAUAUUAUUUAGCCAUAAUAAAAGGCUAAAUGGUCAGGGAGUGUUUGGAAAACAUCUUCCACACCAGCUUAAUACGAAAUGGUUGGUGUUUUACAAAAGAUACAUUGAAAAACAAGUGUGACGUCACAAAUCCCAUUAUUUGAGGGUAAUAAGUAGUUUUUGGGGAGACCGUUUUUAGUUAAAAGCAAAAUGGGGGGCGCCGUGAGUUCAGGGCGUGAUAACAACGAGUUGAUAGACAAUUUGAUGAGUGGGAACUACAUACGCACGAAGGAGGUAGAGAGGGUAUUCCGUGCGCUAGAUCGCGCUGAGUACAUGACCCCGGAGGCGCGGGAGCAGGCCUACAAAGAUCUGGCCUGGAGGAAUGGGCCACUGCACUUGUCUUCGCCGUGUAUUUAUAGUGAGGUGAUGGAGGGGUUAGAGCUGAAACCAGGUCUCUCCUUCCUGAACAUUGGCUCAGGGACAGGGUACCUCAGCACCCUUGCAGGCCUGAUCCUGGGCACUGCGGGUAUCAGCCAUGGAGUGGAGGUGCACCCAGCAGUCGUGGAAUACGCUACAAAGAAGAUAAGACUGUUCUUUGAGAAUUGUAGUAUAUUGGAUGACUUUGACUUCUGCGAGCCAAAGUUUUAUCAUGGUAAUGGGCUGUGCUUGGAGCAGCUUGUAUCUGGGUAUGACCGCGUGUACUGCGGCGCUGGCUGCCCAGAGCAGUAUGAGGAUUAUUUCAAGAAGCUCAUUAAAGUGGGGGGGAUACUCGUGAUGCCGUUGAAUGACACCCUGCUGCAAGUGCGGCGCUUGGGGGAGGACAAGUGGACGUCGCGCAGUCUGCUCAACGUGAGCUUCGCCACGCUGCGUAUCCCCACCGCGGAGGAAGCCACCAACAAAGUGACGCUAGACAAGCAGACGCCAGUUCGCCUGAUGUACCUGGCGCGAGCGUCAAUACGCGAGUCCAUGCGCGGCGGCGUGACGCGCCGAAACCCGGAGCUGCGCGAGGCGCCCCGCCCGCCGCCCCCUGCCGCCUGCCCGCGCCGCAUCUGUAUACCCCUCGAGCCUGGUGGCGCCGUCGAGGGCCUCAAUGUGCUUCAUGACCUGGAUGGCGAGAACGGAGGUAACGAGAUGAACGCUCUCCUGAGCCUCGUCAUCAGCAUGGGGCAGAGCCGCGUGGCCGGCGCCUUGCGCUUCGAUCGCCUCACGCCCUCUGACUCCGAGGACGAGGACGAGGACGACGAUAACCCCGACCCGGAUAGUGAAAACCAAGAUAAUGAUCGCCAAGAUAACCGCAACCAAGAUAAUCCCAACCAAGAUAAUAAUCGCCACGAUAAUCGCAACCAAGAUAAUAAUCGCCAGGUUAACCGCAACCAGGAAGAUGAUCCCCAAGAUAACCGCAACCAAGAUGAUGAUCGCCUCGAUAACCCCACCCAAGACAAUAAUCGCCAGGAUAACCGCAACCAAGACAAUAAUCGCCAGGAUAACCGCAACCAAGAUGAUGAUCGCCAGGAUAAUGGCAACCAAGAUGAUGAUGACCGAGAUAACCAUGAUGAGGAUGAUGACUACCCAGAUAACCGAGAUUACAGAGGCUACAUACCAGAAGAACACUUCCCCGAGGACGAAGAUCCGGGUAGCAGGCGUUUAGGUGAAGACGAACUGAACAAUCCUCCUAGAAAUGAACCCAGAGCAGGAACCUUGGUCACAGAAGUCCUAUUCAGGGAUUAUUUAGAUUCAGAUGAUGAAGAUUAUUUAAGAAGAACACUUGAUAGCACUUUGAGAAAUUAUCCUACGAUGUCUGUGAACGACAGCAGUAGGCCAAGGCUUGCUGAUACUGAUGAUUUAAGACUCGGCGAUCCAAACAGUUCUGCUAAUACUUCAACAUCUGGUAAUCCACCGGCUAGCACCACUGUAGGUAAUGAUGCAGCCAGUGAGCCUAGCAAGCCUGAGGGGCCUUCGGUCGUCGUCCACGAUGGUUUCAGACCAAGAGCACAUAGCACAGAUGAGAAGUGUAGCAACAGUCGCAAGUCAGGGCGCACCAGGUCUCUGUACGGUAAAUCCCGCGACCCCCUCCUGAUGUCUUUGUACGAAAAUGAUACCAGGCCUUCAACUUCGUGCGACAAAUCCAAAAGUAGCACUGACACAAAGAAUCCCACAGAUCUGAAAGGAGAAACUACUGAUAAUAUCACAAGUCAGGAUCCAAAUACUGUCCCUCCCCGUCCAGAGUUGCCCGGCAUGCCCUCGGAAGUGGAAAUAGACCUGGGCAAAAUGGCACAGGCCGCGACUACUUCCACUGAAGAGAUGGCGUGGGAGGAAACCAGACGCGACACUCUGGAGUGCAGCGAGGAUGACACUGACACCUCCAACAGCAAGCCCAAGAGGCAGAAGCUUGAUAGUGGAAUAGGGGAGACCACGCCGAGCGUGUCGUCGCCCGAAAAGACCAAGAGUGAGAACUCUGACACAGAGAGCCAUCUGCACUCCGACUGCCCCACUGAAGAUGCUGAGGGAUCACGUGAAGAUUCAGCGUCGGAUGAAGACAGUAAAUGGACUUCCUAUAUUGAGAGUGAGAUAGAGUCAGACGCCUCCACCGAUGACACUGAAGGCAGCGGCGGGUCGCGCUCGCCGUCGUACUGGUCGGCGUCGCCCGAGGAGCUGGCGCACCAGGAGCGCAGGCGGCGCCUCAUCGCGCGCGGCGGCGACGCGCGGCGCGCGCGCCUCUCCUACCUCAUGAAGCAGGCGGUGCGCGAGUUGCCGCUGCCGCACGCGCUCAAGAAGUUCGUCAACCUGGGUCGUUGUUUCGAGUUUUAAGCCCUAUCACAAGAGAAUGAGAAGUUACCCAUUUGUAGAUGUUAGAAUAAGGUAUCGUCGCUGCGCAUGCGCAUUCCGCUACGUGGAAAAUCACAAGGUUACGGAAGAAACUAGGUACUACACAAUUUUAAAAAAGACUUCAUUCUGAGGACGAAAUCACAUAGCUAAAAAUGUUAUCUCUUGAUUUAGCACUAAUCCUAAAGUACGGGGUUUUGCAGCAGGUUUUCAGAUUAGAUCACGGGAACUUAACCCAACUUUAAGGGGUACCGUACCAUUAAAGACCCUAUGCAAAGACCCUGAUAUUUUCACUAUCCCGCUGCAGUCGGUUUGAUUUGACCUCGGGGUCACUGUCGGUGCCUGGUGCCAGUUGAUUUAGUGCCAAUAAGAGUUAUUAAUGGUAUUAGAGUCUACACCUACUAUAUCUUAGAAUUUAAGGUUUCUGCACUCUUGGGCGGACCGCGGGGCACCGCUUAAACGCUCCUGUCGAUUAGAGUAGCGAUUGGCGAAUUAUUAUACGACAUCAUGUGUUUAUUAUACGACAACAAUCGAAUAGCAAUUGAACAAUCGAAUAACAAUCCAUUGUUAUCCAUCCAUAGCGCGCGGGUCUGGAUCGAGUGGAUCGAAAAUCGACUGAAAGAAAUUGUGCAAUUGAUUUAGAUUUCCAAUUUAUUCGUUCCAGACCGUGUGCCCCGCAUUCUUAGAUCUAACAAUCGAUUAUCGUUUUUAUUCGAUUGUUUUAGAGAAGGCGAAUAAAUCGACAGUCGAAUCUUCAUUCAUUCGAUUGUUUUUUUUUUUUGCAACAAUCGUCCAUCGCCAACUAGUUCGCGUUGCGUCGCGGUCCGUCGUAGUUUGCGCGUACGGAGAGUUAAGAAUUUGUUUAUAUUGAUGUAAAUAUUACUGAUUUGUAGUCAUUUGUUUUCGUUGCAAUUAUAUAAGUUUAUCGAAUUUGUUUAAUUGAUUGAUAUGAGAAAGAAUUAAUUUAACGAAUCAUAGAUUUUUGAGUGAAAACUCGUUCAAUAGAAUAUGCGUUAAUCUGUCAAUUUAUACACCGCAUUGGCUUUUAAGGCUGAGAGUUACGUAUGAAUCUAAAAUUAUUUAUAUACUAUCUCUAUGUUAAGGAUUAAAAUCGUACUUUUGGCAUGACUAUUGACACCUAGUCCUUUUUCAAAACUUAUGCUGCCUAAAUCCUCACCAAACUUAUCUCAGCCUAAAAAAAUCGGCAGUAAAUUGACAGAUUAACGCUGACUUGUGACGAGUUGUGUUCACUAAUUAAAUAAGCCCUCGUUCACAAGGACGCUUUUCUAACGCGCACUUAAAAUUGUUAGACUAAUUAAUUUUAUUGAUAUGUUUACAAUAAUAUCGCAGUUGCUUUUUUAUCGCAGUGUUAGAUUUAAAACGCUCAGCGGUGUUGAAUAAAAAUUAUAUUGGGCUCGCUCUUCACUCGACGGUUUUAUUUUAACGCGUUAGAAAAGCGGCCGUGCCAAGGGAGGCUAACCCGCGGCUCUGAACAAAUUAACUAAAGAUGUGUUCGUCGGUUGCAAAUGAUGAAUGAUUGUUUAAUAAAACGCUAAUGUUGUCUGAA